AUGCCUUCACUGGGGUUUCUCAAGAAAAAGCGGACCAGAGAGGGCAACUCUGAUCCUUCAGCCUCAAGUCCAACCAGUCCAGUCACUCCUACUACUUCCAGGUCCAAGUCCAUUUCCAAAGCUUUUCACCUGCCUCGAAACAGCCGGCAUUCCACCUCAGCCCCAACUGCCCAGCCAACCAACGCCCAGCAGCAGCAGCAGCAACAACAGCAACAACAACAGCAACAGCAACCCGACCAUACUCAAGAAGGCACAACCUCUCUAACCAAUCAAUCUUCUGCGCCGAACCAGCAGACAGCAGGAGCUGCCGACAACCAGCCACCGGGAGACAUGAGCGCGAUCAACCUCCAUCAGCCGUCGUACGGCAGUCACGAUCACCAAAAUCUACCAAGCAUCAAUAAUCUCAUUAACCAGCCGCAACAACAGCUGCAAAACGCUCAGGGCAGUUCCUACAACAACGCUCAAGCCAAUCCGCAAUUCCUAGCUGCUACGAUAGACAACCACCGACCUCAAACCGUUAGUCCUGGAACUGAUCCUGCAGCUCUCCAACAGCAACAGCAGCAAGCUCUGCCGCAGCCGAGUAUGUCUCCUCAGCAGCAGUCCGAUUACCAGCAGCAGCAACAACAACAGCAACCACAGGCGCAGCAACAACAGCAACAACCGCCUCAGCAGUUCCAACAACAGCAGCAGCACCAGGUCCAAGACCAGAUCCAGAAUCAACCACAACAGCAACAGCCCGAACAGCCUCAAUACCAAGGGCAUCAUCAGAACACGGCCAGUACAAGCUCAGUCAUGCGCGUCACGAAGGGCAAGUACUCACUGGGUGACUUCGAUAUCUUGAGAACGCUUGGCACGGGUAGCUUCGGCCGAGUGCAUCUAGUCCAAUCGAAGCACAACCAGCGUUUCUAUGCGGUCAAGGUGCUCAAGAAGGCCCAGGUGGUCAAGAUGAAGCAAGUUGAGCACACUAACGACGAGCGACGUAUGUUGGCCGAUGUCAAACAUCCAUUCCUGAUCACUCUCUGGGGUACAUUCCAAGACUCAAAGAACUUGUACAUGGUGAUGGACUUUGUUGAAGGUGGAGAGCUCUUCUCGCUUCUGAGAAAGUCGGGUCGUUUCCCCAACCCUGUAGCCAAAUUUUACGCCGCGGAGGUUACUUUAGCGUUGGAGUACCUUCAUUCUAAGAACAUUAUCUAUCGUGACCUCAAGCCAGAAAACCUGCUUCUUGACCGACAUGGACACCUCAAGAUCACCGACUUCGGCUUCGCGAAGCGAGUACCGGACAAGACCUGGACUCUCUGUGGCACACCCGAUUACUUAGCCCCCGAGGUGGUCUCUAACAAGGGUUACAAUAAAUCCGUGGAUUGGUGGUCGUUGGGUAUCCUCAUAUACGAAAUGCUUUGCGGGUAUACGCCUUUCUGGGAUAGCGGAUCACCUAUGAAGAUAUACGAAAACAUUCUCAAGGGCAAGGUCAAAUACCCAGCUUACGUUAACGCCGACGCUCAGAACCUCCUGGAGCGUUUAAUCACGGCCGACUUGACGAAGCGAUUGGGUAACCUGUACGGGGGCCCAGGAGAUGUGAAGAACCACCCUUGGUUCGCUGAAGUCACCUGGGAUCGACUGGCUAGGAAGGACAUCGAUGCUCCAUACACACCCCCAGUCAAGGCAGGCGCUGGUGAUGCCAGCCAGUUCGACCGCUACCCUGAGGAUCCCGAGAAAUACGGCAUGACUGGAGGAUCUGAUGAAUACGGACACAUGUUUACGGAGUUCUAA